CGACGAGGAGGGACGCACGCGUACGGGGUGGGGCCGCGCUUGUGCAGGCUGCCUGCAAUGGCGGCGGCUUGCGCACCGUGGUGGUCCCAGUGGUGAGGGGCUCGGUUGGGACUUCAGGCAGCGGCCGGCGGUGGCCUUAGAGGAGCCAAGGACACUUGUCAGCUGCCCGAAGGAGGAAGCAGAGGUCCCAUCUGCAGUCGGGGUGUCCUUUCCCUCCUCCCCAGUGAGAAGAGGGGACUGAAGCCCAUCCAGCCCCAGCAUUCCCAGACAGAGACUGUGCUGCUGUCCCACGGUUGGCGGGGAGCCCAGGCCAUGGUUGCCGUCUCCCGCCCCCGCCAUGGACGAGAUCGCCUUCAAAAGCGACACCGUGCUGUCAGACGUCCACCUGCACGCCCCAAACCAGAGACACCUCAUGGUGCGGCUGAGUGGCGUGGGGCAGCCCGUCUUCCUGUCCCAGUUCAAGCUUCUGUGGAACCAAGCCUCUCAGACAGACUCGGGGGCUGAGGGUGGCAAUCACAGAGCCCAUCCCGCAGAGGUGACUCCUCCUGCCAGGUCCCCUCCGGCGAGUGGCUGCAGCAGUGAGGGGGUCUCCCUCCAGGCUGGGGCUGAUGCCACCAGCCAGGAGGAGGUGGCAGCUCAGCUGGACGAGGAUGGGGACUUGGACGUUGUGAGAAGACCACGGGCUGCCUCUCCCUCCAAGCCCUCGGGGCCUCCGAGAGACAAGGUACAUCCCAUGAUUCUAACGCAGGAGGAAGAUGACGUCCUGGGAGACGAGGCACAAGAGAGUAGCCCCUACGAUGUCAUCAAAAUAGAGCACACCAUGGCCACCCCCCUGGAGGAUGUUGGCAAGCAGGUGUGGCGGGGCGCCCUGCUCCUGGCGGACUACAUCCUGUCCCAGCGGGACCUCUUCCGGGGUCGCACAGUGCUGGAGCUCGGGGCGGGCACCGGGCUGGCCAGCAUCCUCGCGGCCACCGUGGCGCAGACCGUCUACUGUACAGAUGUCGGUGCAGAUCUCUUGGCCAUGUGCCAGCGAAACAUUGCCCUUAACAGCCACCUGACUGCCACUGGAGGCGGUGUGAUUAAGGUCAAGGAACUGGACUGGCUGAAAGACGACCUGUGCACAGAUCCCGAGGUCCCCUUCAGCUGGUCGGAGGAGGACAUCUCCGACCUGUACGGCCACACCACCAUCCUGCUCGCGGCCGAAGUGUUUUACGACGAUGACCUAACUGACGCUCUGUUUAAAACACUGUGCCGGCUGGCUCACAAGUUGAAGAACGCCUCCACCGCCAUCCUCUCUGUGGAAAAGAGGCUGAACUUCACGCUGCGGCACCUGGACGUCACGUGCGAGGCCUACGACCACUUCCGCUCAUGCCUGCGGCGACUGGAGGGGCUGACCGGUGGGCGCCUGCGCUUCGCGGUGGAGCCGGUGGACGUCUCCUUCCCGCAGCUCUUGGUCUACGAGCGCAUCCAGCAGCUGGAGCUCUGGAAGGUCUUUGUGGAACCAGUAACAGAACCCGUCGUGUCUGCAGACACAGCUUCUUGACUGUCCUUGUGAUGUUUCUAAUAAAAUUGAAAGCUCACAAAGUAA